AUGGAGGAAAGGAGCUUGGCGAGAGAAGAAAUUCUGCACAACAAGCUGGAUGCAAUUCUUAACAUACUUAUUGCAUUGGAGUCCAAUACCUCCGGAAUAAUGCGCGGGUCUAAAACUCCUGAACACUUCAGCUCAUGCUUGAAAGAGCCUACGAAGCAGUCCGGUACCUAUCUCAUCGAGCUGGGACAAAACAAGCAGCCAGUAAAGGUGAACUGCGAGCAAAACGUGGAAGGAGGUGGCUGGAUUGUGUUCCAGUACCGAUACAAUGGAAAAGAGAAUUUCUUCCGAAACUGGUCUGACUACCGAGACGGUUUCGGAGAUCUAAACGGCGAGUAUUGGCUGGGCCUGGAAAACAUACAUCAAAUUACAGCAGCCCGACCGCACGAGUUGAUGGUAGAGAUCAAAGACUUCCACGGAAACUACGGAUACGCACAUUAUGAUGAAUUCGAAAUCGGCAAUGAGUCGGAAGGAUACAAUCUGAAAAAACUCGGGGAGUUCCAGGGUAGCGCUGGAGAUGCGAUGGAUUCGAACAGGGGUGAAAAGUUCAGUACUGCUGACCGUCCCAAUGAUGCAGGUACAUGUGCCGUGAUUAAAAAAGGUGGCUGGUGGUACGAUGACUGUUCUUAUGCUAAUAUCAACGGACCAUACAUGAAUGUUAAAAAUGCUUGGGGUGCUAUGAGCUGGUAUAAUUUUCACAAUGACUACCGUGGCUUGUCUUAUUCAAGGAUGAUGAUGCGAGAGCUAAACGGGGAUGAAUAA